UCACAGUAGGUGGCGGUAUGUUCAUAUGAAGUUAGUUCGCAACCGGAAGAAACAUCGUCUGUUCGUACGAAGCUGCUAGUUGCUAGAGAGGAGCUAGCUAACAUGUCGGAGUACAAAUCGGUUCAAAAAGGCUCUUUAAAACUUAAAGGGGUCUCUUUAGCAAGUAAAAAGAAAAAGAAGAAGGAAAAGGAACGGAAACGUUUAGAGGAGCAGGUUUUGGCCACUCAAGACGAAGAAGGUACGCCGAAAGUUUAUGUUGACAAAAGGACCCCAGCACAGAUGGCAUUCGACAAAUUACAAGAGAAAAGGCAAAUGGAAAGAAUCUUAAAGAAGGCCUCCAAAACACAUAAGAGAAGAGUUGAGGAUUUCAACAGACACCUGGACGCAUUGACAGAGCAUUACGACAUUCCCAAAGUCAGCUGGACCAAAUAAAUAUCAAUGGAUUUUCAACUGGGUGCUUUUAGAGUCCAGAGCGAUUUCUUUCUUUUUUUUCUCCCCCAUUUUAAUUUCCCCUUUGGGAUGUAGUAAAAAAUAUUCCAUGUACAUUGGAAUUUUGUUUUUUAAAUCGUCUAUUUUAGAUUUUGAUUGGGUUUUGUUUAUUGUCAGGCUUGACCCCCAAAUAAAGAGUCAAGUCUUUUAUUUGGUACAUGUAGUCUUGGCCUGAAAACAUGUUUUGAAAUAUUGUAACAGUAGACUGCUGGUUUAGAUGUAACUUGUUUCAUAUGCUUCCUCUGGCCUCAGUACUUUAUUUUAUUUGCCCUAAAACAGCUCAAGAAUUUAGAUUCUCUCUUUUUGCUUGACCAUCUGAAGUCAUGGAUGUCUUGUUAAUUUAGUUUUAUUUUUAUUUUGUAUUCAACACCUAUGAUAACUUUAAAUUCUCCUGCCCCUAUGUGAAUCAAGUGUAAAUAACCUGGUUCUUGUCUUGCCUGUGAAAUAAAGCUUGAUAAACCAGUUAA